AUGUAUGAGAUUUUCUUUACCACCCCAGAUGUGGUGUUCGUCUUCGGCUUCAAAACUCAGUUUGGAGGUGGCAAGACAACAGGGUUCGGCAUGAUAUAUGACUCGUUGGACUACGCCAAGAAAAAUGAGCCCAAAUAUAGGCUGCAAAGGCAUGGCCUUUAUGAGAAGAAAAAGACAUCUAGGAAGCAGCGCAAGGAACGCAAGAACAGAAUGAAGAAAGUUAGAGGCAUCAAGAAAGCCUCUGUUGGUGCUUCUGGCAAGAAGAAGUGAAAGGCUUGAGGUUUCAGGAGAAGUAAGACCUUCAAGGAAGACCAUCGGCCUGAAAAUGUUCUUGUACAUUGUCAACAAAUAAAUUCUUUAAAAAAAGUGGA